CUACCGAGUUCCAAACUCCCUCUGGAAGCAGCGUCAGCACAAGAACUGUUCAUCGGGAGCUUCAUGAAAUGGGUUUCCAUGGCCAAGCAGCCGCACACAAGCCUAAAAUCCCCAUGCGCAAUGCCAAGAGUCAGCUGGAGUGGCGUAAAGCUCGCCACCAUUGGACUCUGAAGCAGAGGAAACGCUUUAUUUGGAGUGAUGAAUCAUGCUUCACCAUCUGGUAGUCCGACGGACAUAUCUGGGUUUGGCAGAUGCCAGUAGAAUGCUACCUGCCCCAAUGCAUUGUGCCAACUGUAAAGUUUGGUGGAGGACAAAUAAUGGCCUCGGGCUGUUUUCAUGGUGCGGUCCAUGCCCCUUAGCUCCAGUGAAGUGAAAGCUUAACGCUACAGCAUACAAUGACAUUCUAGAUGAUUCUGUGCAUCCAACUUUGUGGAAACAGUUUGGGGACGGCCCAAAACCGGUCAUGCAGUGUAUAUUGAGUACAAACCAGUAGCCUCUAAUGUUAAUGAACGGAAUACAUAGUCAGUGGUGGAACUGAAUGCAUUCAACCAAAAUCUGUCUUCUACAUUAAACCCUAUUUCACAGAUUUUUCCACUUUGGCUGUUUGGUUAAUCAAACCAGCAACUUUUCAGUUACUGUCUCAACGGUUUUACACUCUAGGCUACCUGUCGCUCAUAAUACAUGCAUUCAGCAUGCUUGUGAGUUAAUGAAGAAUAUGUCAGCGAAUGUGUUUUUAACUCAUAUAAAGGUAAGUACCCUUUUCUCAGCAGAUGUUGCGUAUUGGGGAAAUGACUUCAUCUAUCAGACCACAGAGGGGUUUAAAAAAAGAUAGAGGAUAUUGCAAGUGUAUCUCUAUCCAAUGCAAGGCAUUUGAAAUAUUAUUCACAUGUACUUGUUACAAACAGCCAACCUUGAAAUAUGUACACAUUUUCUUGUAUAAAUCUUUCUUACGGUAAAAUAAAACUGCAUGUAAAUACAAAAGGCAUGGGUAUUGCAGUGUGUGUUGGGAUUGCAGUCUGUGGCUCAGUUGUUUGAGUAUGGUGCUUGCAAAGCCUGGGUUGUGGGUUUGAUUCCCACGGGGGACCAAUACAGGAAAAAGUUGUAAAAAAUGCAUUGACUCACUACUGUAAGUUUCUCUGAAUAAGAAUAUCUGCUUAAUGACUUAAAUGUCAACCAAGUUGGUUUGAUGGGUUGGUUGAUUAUGGUCUAUAUACAGUAUGGCUGGGCGGUAUACAGUACAAAGGGACUUCCUGGAUUGCAGCACCAAGUUAGAGAGAGUAACAGAAUGGGGACAUGAAGUGACAGUUCCCACCCAUCAGAGAGACACAGGGCUCCUGAUCAACAGGAGGAGAGAGCACACAGAGAGACCAGAAGACACAGACAGAGACAGUGACAAGAAGAGAAAGAGGAAAGAGACCCCGGUACUGUGAUUGAUUCAUCAAGGCAGUGGAAACAGGAUGUGGGUCCUCAUCUCGGCAGCUCUACUUCUCUCUCUGACAGAGAGAGCCACAUGCGAUAAACUGGCAGCACCACCAACAGCAUCAUCCUGGACCAUCACCUUCAGUCCAGCAGAAAUAACAGCAGAGAAGGGACUAUGUGCUGUUAUUUCAUGUACUUUCACUCACCCUGAUAACAUCAAGCCUACCCCUGCAGUAUGGUUCAAGUGCCCAAAGGGCAAAUGUGAUGAGGAUAAAAUCAUAAUUUUCCACUCCAAUAAACCCUCUAAAGCUCAGGAGGGUUAUAAACAGAGAGUGUCUCUACUGGAGACUGAUCUGACAAAGAAGAACUGUAGUGUGAUCAUCAACGACAUCAGCGAGAAUGAUGCUGGAGAGUAUCAAUUCAGACUUCCAGGUUCAAAUACAUCCCAGAAGAAAGUGAAAAUCACAGUGAGCGCUCUGACCCAGAAGCCCUCAGUGUUGACUCCUCCUCUGACAGAGGGAAAACCAGCUACUCUGACCUGCACCGCCCCGGGGAUGUGCUCUGGAACUCCUCCUAACAUCACAUGGACAUGGAGAGGAACAGGAGACAACAUCACUGAGCUCAGAGACAACAUCACCAUACAGGAGAGAGAGGACCUGACCACUAUGACAACAACCCACUUCUCAACGUUGACCUUUACCCCCUCAGCUGAACACCACAACAUGAUGGUUACGUGUCAAGUAACCUUCCAGAAAAAAUUUCAAAUUGAAGAGACAGUAACUUUGAAUGUGGCAUAUGUGAAAGACCCCCAAAUAACUGGAAAUGAAAUGGUGAAGGAGGAUGGUACCCUGGAUCUGACCUGCAGUGUUGACAGUUACCCUCCAUCUGACAUCACUUGGAGUAAGAACGGGACAAGUGCCCCACUUCAGAAUUACACUGAAAAUGCCACUCUCACCAUCUCCAAUGUGACAAGACAACAUGCUGGGGAGUAUGUGUGUACAGUUCAACACCUCAACAGGACUAUGACAGCUUCCACUGUUGUCACUGUGAUGUACCUUCCUGUGAUUCUUCCUGGCUCUGGGUGUGUGGACCAGGCAGAGGUCAUGACCUGUGUGUGUGUCAGUCAGGGGUUUCCCUCACCCCACAUAGUGUGGCCACUGCUGGAGCUCAACACAGAGAGGUGCAGCCUCACUACGUCAGUGUUGUGUUCCUCAGUGAACAGCACCAUCAGUCUGCCUGUUGGACACCACAACAACACCACUGUGGAGUGUGUCAGCAGCAAUGUGGUGGGUGUAGUGAGAGAGAAGCUGCAGGUCACACAAAAUAAGAGCCAAGAAAAGCAAAGAGGAUGUGGGAAUGCAGUUCUCCCCUGGACCAUAGCUGGUAUGUCUCUCAGUGUGACUGUAGCCCUUCUCAUCUACCUGUCUACAAAUGCUUACAUACGGAUGCAAGGUAAGAAUGUGAAACCAAAAGAAGAGGAGAGUACCUACAUCUCAUUGGAUAAAAAAUACACGUCUCAGGAAGAGUAUGAGGUCAUUGCCAGGCGUCCAAGAUGAUUGAGCACCCCUCCACCCACCCACCCACCCACUCCUAAGCUUAUGCUGAGAGUUUUCAGUAGACUGAGAUCAUUUUCAUGUAAAAUAAUUCACACGUAUUGUCUUAAUAAAGUUUCUGAUUUGUAUGCAUAAAAUGAAAAAGUUAUUAAGCACAUUUUUUUUAUAAUAAAAAUGAUUAUGUAUUUCAUGGAAAAGCACAAGUAUUAUACGUUUUAAAAAAUCACAUACUUUUUUCAAUUUUUACUUUAGAUAGACUAUGUGAAUCAAACAUGGAGAUAUAAUGAUUCUUUGCACUCUGCACUAUCAUCCUGAAAUUGUACAUUUGCUCAUUGCACUUUGUGCAUUGCUGUAGAUUCCUUCACCUGCCAAUUCUUUUCUUCAAUAUAUAUAUAUUUCCAUUCCAUAUUGUGGUAAAAAAAAGAUGUGUGAUGUAGUUACUGUAAACAAUGAAGAGGUGGCAUGAGAUUAACUGUUAAUUAAGUAAUGGAGAAACUGUAUGAAAUAAUAUAUACUGUCGUGGCCAAAAUGUUGGCAUCCUUGCACUUUUUUCAAGUAACUCACAAUUUUCCCUAAAAAUAAGUUGAAAUUGAAUAAAGUAUUUGGUCUCCACAGUU